GCUAAUAGUAUCUGGAAGACCUCAAAAGUAGAGUCUGGGGUCCAGGGCCAAGAAAGGCUAAGAAAAACUUUCUGCAUCCCUAGGUCCUUGCCCUUCCGGGGAACAGCCUGGCCUGAGUGCGCUGGGGCGUGAAGCAGGGUGCCCUGGCUCUGUUGGGAGGCUUCCUUGCCCUGAGUGAGGACUCUUGGGGAGGCGAGGGCCCAGGAGGCAGGGUGCAGGAGAGUCAGGGGAGUGUGAGCUACAGGAGCGGCGGCACUGCUCCGGGGCGGUCUCCACCUCUUCUGGCAAGUUAGACUUGGAGUGUGCAGCUCAGCAGUCCAGGAUUUCCAGCCCACUAGCAGGAGUGCAGCCUUGGCGAGGGGCACAGGACCCAGCCUGCCCCAGCCCACUGCUGCCGGAGUCUCCUGUAAGCGCCUCAUCCUCCAGCCAGCCUUGGACUGAGGGAUACCUGCAGCUAUGCUCCGCUUUGCAUGCAUCCUGGUACUCUUGGGAGCUAGCAUCAUAGAAACAGUUGGAAUUUCAAGAGGUGGCCAUCUAUACUGGGAGCCCCAGUGCCAGCAGCCAGUGCCUAAGGGUAUGUCCACCACUGUGGUCCUGCCCCCACACCUCAGAGGAACCUGGAUCUCCACUAGCUGCGAGGUACGUCCAGGGCCAGAAUUCCUCACCCGCUCCUACACCUUCUAUUCCAACCGUCUCUUCCGAGCCUAUCAGUUCUACUACAGGGACCCCUCCUGCCAGGAGCCUGCCCACUCACUGCUCAUCAAGGGCAAAGUCCAUCUGCGCCGGGCCUCCUGGAUCACCCAGGGUGCCACCGAGGCCGACUACCAUCUUCACAAGGUGGGCAUGGUCUUCCACAGCCACCAUGCCCUUCUCAACAUUGUCAGGCUCCUCAACCAGACCCAGGCUGGCCAGGACUGUACAGGACGGCUGCCCCCAGACAGGGCCUGGCUGCCAGGGACACUGUAUGAGCUGCUGAGCUCCCCGGUACCAGGUGACUGCAUGGCCGCACUGGGCUUCAGCAUGCAUGAACUCAGUCUGCUCCGCCUGCAGUAUCACAUGCAACAGCUGCCUGGGGAGGCACCCCAUCUAGUCAAGGAGUUGUUCCUUGGGGACAUCCACACCGACUGGGCAGAGAGGCAGCACUACCGUCCCACUGGCUACCAGUGCCCCCUGCAAAGUGUUCUGCACCACACUUGGCCCUGCCUGGCCUGCAGUCACAUUGCCUACUCCGACGAGCACCACCCACCUGUGCUGCCUUCCCGGCCAGCUCUGCCACUGCACCUGGGUGGUCACUGGGUCAGCACGGGCUGCGAGACAAGGCCUGCUGUGUUGUUCCUCACUCGGCUCUUCACCUUCGAUGACCACAACCGCUCCUGGGAAGGGCACUACCACCAUUUCUCUGAUCCCGCUUGCCGCCAGCCCACCUUCACCGUGUUUGCAACUGGCCACUACUCCGGAGGCACCCCAUCCCCCAGGGUCCACGGUGGCACUGAACUGGUGUUUGAGGUGACACGGGCUUAUGUGACCCCCAUGAACCAGGUCACUACAGCCAUACUCAACUUCUCCAAACCAAGCAGCUGUGGAGGCCCAGGGGUCUGGUCAGUAGGCAUGGAGAGGGAUGUCACAGCCACCAACGGAUGCCUCCCAUUGGGUAUAAAGCUUCCACAUAUAGAGUAUGAGCUGUUCAGAAUGGAACAAGACCCCCAUGGGCAAAGCCUGCUUUUCACUGGGCAGAGGCCCACAGACGGGUCCAGUCCCGACACUCCUGAGAAGCGCCCCACCUCCUUCCAGGCACCCCUGGUGCUCUGCAAGAGGCAGGUCCAAAGGACCCCCAGGCUCUCACAGCACAGGCUUCCAAUGCAGAACCCCCCCACUGGGUGGGCACCAGAUCUUCCUGUCAUGCCACUCCCCAUACUACUCCUGGUUCAAGGCCUGGCCCCCUUUGGGUUGCUAUGACAUCAGUCUUUGACUUCCAGGUGGCCCAUUGGGCACUGUGUGGCCCUGCAGAUGCCCAUCUGGCUCUCUGCUGUUGUACUGCCGCAGGGGAAAGAAUAGCCUUCUCCACUGCUCUGCUUUGGAUGGACAUAUGGUUCAGCCUGUCUGUGCUUGAGUCCACGGAACUCAAGAGUACUGCAAAGCCAGGGGUCCCAGACCACAGGCCUGGAUGUGGCUGCAAAAUCUGCUGUUUCUAAAACCCUCCUGCUAGUUUUAAUCCUGUCAUUGUGGUUGGUGUUAGCCUCCUUGCCCUUCCCUGCCUGGGGUGUUGAGACAGGGAGGAUGUCCUAUGAUGGUGUUCAAGGAUGCUUCCUGCCGCUUGGCCAGGUUCUGGGUUGUGGUGUAGAGAUCAUUAAUUUGAAUUUAGCAAUACAAACUCAGCCAGGGCAUGAAUUAAAGAUGCCACUUGGGGCUUUCAGACUGUCUCAGUUCUCUGGCAGAGGGCUUGUCUCUCCGGGGGCAGUCAGCUUUCUUGAGUUCUGCCUGUUGGCGUCUUUGGAAACCUGCUUGUGCUUCUUGAUCAGACCUCAUGCUGGCAACACAGCACAUGGGUAAAUCCGGUCCCCCAGGGCCACAGAGCACGAAAAGAGGGCUCGAUCUGAGCUGAGACCUUGGCCUUUCCCUGCAGCCUGUGGCCUCUAAGUCUCCUGCGCCCACGCAUGGUGCCCACAAGCUCAGGGCUAGCCAAGCGGGGCGCAGUCCACGGAGGAAAGCGCAUUUCUGCCUUUGGAAACUAAUUAAUACUAAUGAUGGCUGCAGCACGAUGUGCUCUGUAAUUAGCCCCGAAUAUUCUUCCAGAAGCCUCUUCUGUCGACAGACAGGGAUGGGGAGGCCACCAGGCUACACAGCAACAUCUGGAGGUAGGACCCAGCAAGCCUGACCUCCCCAAGUCCCCACACUGUGACACUAAUAUGUCAAGUUCUUGUCUGCUGGGGGCAGGCUGUCAUCACGGUGGGGACCCUGCUCAUAGGCCUAGGGCCUCAUCUGCACACUGAGAGAUUAACUGGAGUCCUGAUGGGCUCAAGGGUUUUCAGGACUGUGAGCAACUUGUUCCCAGUUCCUUCCUCUUCCCACCAUGCCUCUUAUCGCAGAUCUUGAACAAUCCUAUAUGAGGCUAAUGAUGCAUACAGAGGAAAGCCCUUGGCCUCCCUGAGACUGUGUGGGGGCUCAAUCAGUCCAAGAAGAUUGUUCUGACUUAUUAUCCAGUCUUCUCAAAAAAAAAAAAAAAGCACCAAGUUAAUAUUCUCUGUGGGUCUCAGACAGCUACAAGUGAUCCUGGCAUAUUUACUAAAGUACAAGAAAUAAUUAGAUUAUUUACAGUCUUGGGCUACAUGGCAGUGAGGAGGGAGCUAACAUGUAGGGAUGGCAGUAGGUGCCGAGAACACAGCCAUGACUGAGCGGGCCUUCUAUCAGAAGUUUGAAGCAGCCAAGCUGAUGUUCAGCAUCAAAUUCAAAUCUUUUAAUAAAG